AUGGGGAUUUGUGCAAAAUUAAUAGCUGCAUCUUUACUGUUUAUGGCUUCUCAAGCAAACGGACUUGGUUGGUUUUUCCCAGUGCCAAAUAACUACUCGACCACACCUGAACCGUUUCGCCCAUACCCAGUGUUACGGCCAUUUGUGGGUUUACCUGCCGCUUCAGUUACCUCCAAACCGAGGGGAUCCCGUCCCAAGAAAACACGAGCAUCAAAGUACGACUACGAGGAACUGUUGGAUAAGUCGAUCAUGUUUUACGAGGCACAGCGGUCAGGGCGCCUUCCUCCAGGUCGCCGUGUAAAGUGGCGGAGGGACUCCGCCUUGAGAGACCGGGGUUUGUUUGGAGAGGACUUAACAGGGGGCUGGUACGACGCUGGCGACCACGUUAAAUUUGGUCUUCCGAUGGCGUCGGCUACAACCGUCCUCCUCUGGGGUUUCAUCGACUACUUCGAAAGUUACAAAGACUCUGGGUUGGAAGAUGCCAUGUAUGAUUGUGUGAAAUGGCCUUUGAAUUACUUUAUGAAGGCUCAUACAAAAAAGUUCGAGUUUUAUGCUCAGGUUGGAGAUCCCAAAGUGGACCACACAGUAUGGUGUCGUCCGGAAGACAUGAAAAUGUCCAGACCGGCCUACAGGGUGACAAAAACGUCCCCAGGAAGUGAUGUGGCCGGAGAAACUGCGGCUGCGCUCGCUGCUGGAGCGAUCGCUUUCAACAAAACAGACAAGUUUUACUCCAAGAAGUUGCUGCGUCAUGCCAUCGAUUUAUUUGAGUUUGCUGACCGAUACCGGGGUAAAUACAGCGACCACAUACCAGCUUCCGACUCAUAUCCGUCGUCCGAUUAUAAAGACGAGCUUGUCUGGGCUGCUGUCUGGCUCUACAAAGCCACGGGUAACAGGGAUUAUUUGGAAUAUGCUGAGAAAAACUACCGAGAAGGACCUGCGUGGGCCUUUUGCUGGGAUGAGAAAUGGGCCGGAGCUCAGAUCAUGCUCUACAAACUCACCCGGAAAAGAAGAUAUCGCACGGACAUUAUCAGGACAUUACAAGCCUGGCAGCCGGGAGGAUCAGUGAAGUACACGCCCAAAGGCCUGGCUAUACGAUAUGAAUGGGGACCGUUAAGAUACUCAGCAAACAUGGCUUUCAUUGCCUUAGAGGCCGCAGACUUGGGCAUAUUUAGAUGGUGGUACCGGAAAUGGGCAACAAGACAGAUUCACUAUGCUCUUGGGGACACUGGAAGGAGCUUUGUUGUUGGUUACGGUGAGAACCCCCCUCAGAGGCCUCAUCAUGCUGCCAGCUCGUGCAGACCGUUUCCGUGGCCAUGUACCUGGGACGACUACCUUAAUGAAGGACCCAAUCCUAUUAUCCUAUACGGCGCGUUAGUGGGUGGUCCAGAUAUCAAUGACCGUUACACAGAUAAUAGGACGGAUUAUCUACACAACGAAGUCACUUGUGACUACAACGCUGGGUUUCAGUCCAGUAUAGCAGAGCAGAAAGCUCCCCGCACAGUGCAGAGCAGGGAGCUCCCUGCACGGUGCGGAGCAGAAAGUUCCCCGCAAAGUGCAGAGCCGAAAGCUCCCGCACAGUGCAGAUCAGAAAGUUCUCGGCAAAGUGUAGAGCAGAAAGCUCCCCGCACAUUGCAGAGCAGAAAGCUUCCCGUGGAUGCUGUGAAGGAUCGUAAGGUUCCUGUCUCUUUUGUACCGUGCGGUCACUGGCCGUGGGGUUCCGAUUAA